CAGUUAGUGGAUGGAGAGGCCGCUCCUCCAGCUCGGCGUAGACCCAGAGACCCAGCAGCGCUGGCCCGAACUGUGGCUGGAGGCCGAGGGGCGGGCCGGGCCCGGCGGGCGGCGGCGCUCUCCCGGGUCACAGCGCCGGGCGGAGGCGGCGGGAAGAUGCGGCUGCGGCUCCUAGCGCUGGCGGCGGCCGUGCUGCUGGGUCCGGCCCCGGAAGUCUGUGGUGCUCUCAAUGUCACGGUGUCCCCAGGACCUGUGGUGGACUACUUGGAAGGGGAAAAUGCCACCCUCCUCUGCCACGUCUCCCAGAAGAGACGGAAGGACAGCUUGCUGGCCGUGCGCUGGUUCUUCGCCCCUGACGGCUCCCAGGAGGCCUUGAUGGUGAAGAUGACGAAGCUCCGGAUAAUUCAGUACUAUGGGAACUUCAGCCGGACUGCCAACCAGCAGAGGCUACGCCUGCUCGAGGAGCGUCGAGGGGUGCUGUACAGGCUGUCUGUCCUGACGCUCCGGCCCACAGAUCAAGGGCAGUAUGUCUGCAAAGUGCAAGAAAUCAGCAAGCACCGCAACAAGUGGACAGCCUGGUCCAAUGGCUCCUCGGCGACGGAAAUGAGAGUGAUCUCCCUCAAAGCUGGCGAAGAUUCAUCAUUUGAGAAAAAGAAGGUGACUUGGGCAUUUUUUGAAGAUCUCUAUGUGUACGCUGUCCUUGUGUGCUGCGUGGGGAUCCUCAGUGUUCUGCUCUUCACCCUGGUCAUUGCCUGGCAGUCUGUGUUUCACAAGAGGAAAUCAAGAGUGAGACAUUAUUUGGUGAAGUGCCCUCAGAACAGCUCAGGGGAGACUGUCACCAGUGUGACCAGCUUGGCCCCACUGCAGCCACAGAAGGGUAAGAGGCAGAAGAAGAAGGUAGAUGUUCCACCUGCAGUCCCUGCCAAAGCGCCGAUAGCCACCACUUUCCACAAACCAAAGCUGCUGAAACCACAGAGGAAAGUCGCCCUGCCCAAGAUCACCGAGGAAAACUUGACCUAUGCCGAGCUGGAGCUGAUCAAACCACACAGGGCUGCCAAAGGCGUCCCCACCAGCACCGUGUAUGCACAGAUCCUCUUCGAGGAGAACCAGCUGUAGCGAUACCUCCUCUCUGGCUGUCAUGUGUUCUCCCAGUUGUUUAUGACACUCAGAAACAAACUCCCUAGUUUUGUAUUUUCACCCGUGCCUUCAGUGUGAUGGGGAGCCCCUUCCCACAGCGUUCUGAUGUCUUCUAAGAGGUACACACUUCCCAGAAGAGAAGGGACCAGCUCUUGGCCAUGCCUCCCAAGAUAAGAGGCCCCUGGCCUGAUUCUGAGCACAAGGACUCUGCUUCUGAGAGCAUUGCUGAGCCAACCGUACCAACUUCUCCUCUUCUUAAGCCUUAAAGUUUUGAGGGAAAAAUCAAAUCUUAAUUUUAAUCAGCCCCCCUUGUUCUGUAUAACAAGCAUCCAGUUUAUAGCCACAGGAAAUGCUGUAAAGGUCACAGAGAGAAAUGGGAUAUAUGGACUGACAAGUUCUCUAAGGCUCUGGGACACCCAGGACAGAGCAAACCCCUGGAGGUGGUGGCAGGAGCCACUUAUGAUGACAUCCAUUGCUUUUAAUAGAUGCUCUGAAACUGGCCAUGUGAGGGCAGAGAUGCUGAUGGUUGAAAGCCGGAGAUCUGGCUCAGAAAAUUCUGGUCUUAUGUCUUUAGAGCCAUACUUCACCAGGGCUGUAGAUCUACAAGAACACCCUUGUAAAGUGUUUGUCCCCCUUUAGCAGAAUGGACCUAGAGAGACAUAUUGUUCUCUCUUUUCCAAAGACUUGAGUAUGGCUCCAGUGGGUACAUCGGGUAAGUGAGCAAAGCAUGCAAGCUCAGUCAACUCCAUUCAAGAUAGAGUGGAGCCUUUCACCAUUCCCUCAGCAGAGAAAUGAAAGCACAAGGCAUGCCGGGAAACUAUGUCCAGGAGGACUCAACCCUUGGCAAGUGCUUUGACCGUCUCAAUCUUGGAUGAGAACCAUGAUUGCCUUGGGUGGAUGUCAGGGGACCAUGGGACAUAAGUCCGUGGGGAAGUGACUCUGUGGACCUAAACAAUGUACAAAAAUGUCAGACUUAAUGGAAGUAAGAGAGUCACCUUGAUUUCCGCAGUGCUAUUGAUGCUUCUUGAUGUAUACUCUGGUGGCCACUUACUACACUUUAUAAACAUUGUCUGGCUUUGUAAUUUUACAAUGUAUAUAUGAUAAAUUAUCUAUUUUAAACACAGCUAGGGUGUGCAUUGUGCCCUCUGUCUCACUGUGGGACUUGAGUUUUUUAUUACCUUAACUUGGAUCACAGCUACACAAGUUGUGGGAAUGGGGGAACCCACUGAACAUUGCCUUUUAAUGGGGAAUAGAAGCCUCACAGCAUCCCUGCCGAGCUUGUCUCUCUGACUUUUUCAAAGGGAAACCACAGCAGCACCCUCAGAGCAGGGACAAUGAGCAGUUUGUACCUGGUGCUUGUUUGAAGUAACAUAUUUUGGGGUUCUUGAUCAGAAAAUGUGUCUAGUCGCUCUUCCUUUACCACAUAGACCACUAACCGUGAAUUGACAUUUCUGAAGCUAAGUGAGGAGAAGCAUCCAUCAUCUGGAAAGUGCAAAGGGUUCUUCUUGCGACAAGGCAUCAAUAGGAGCGGUGAUGUAAUCACUGAGUAGUUCCCCAAAUGGACAGCUGCUUUCAUGUUCCAUGCAAUUAAAGCAAGCAUGACCUCAA